AUGAGCAAAACAAUUGCCAAUGCUACAGUGGCUGCCUUACGCACCACAGGGGGCCAGGUACCCCCUCGCAACCCAUCAAGAAACAACACUGUUGGAGGGAGAGGGGGCCACGAGAAGCGGUGUGAGUGCCCCACCUGGGGGAAAUCAACCCCUCCUGAAAGAUCAGUGUGUUUACUGCAAGCAAGUGGGGCAUUGGAAAAGGGAUUGCCCGAGGCUGGGCAACCUGGUGAUGGACCAACUGGACAGGUUGAGAAGGCGUUCUUUCUGAAACCAUUAAAAUUCAAAAUUGGGAAAAGUGUAGGGAUUCAUAAAUUCCUCUACCUGCCUGAGGCUCCUAAACCACUUUUGGGAAGGGACUUAUUAGAACAACUGAAUGCCGAAAUAAGAUUUAGAAAUGGAGAGAUUGAAUUUAAAAUACCAGAAGAAAACCACAUUGAAAUUUUAAGUUUGGCUCUUACUGAACCCCAAAUUAGGGAAGAAAGAAUUCCACAAGAAAUAAAAGACCAGGUAUACCCAGGAGUAUGGGCCUCAGGGAUACCUGGAAAGGCUAAAAAUGCAGAAUUGGUUGUUGUUAAACUCAAAGAGGGAGCACGACCUGUUAGGGUAAAGCAGUAUCCUCUGAAAUUGGAAGACAGGCGAGGAGUGAAAAGCAUUAUAGAAGAGUUUAUAAAAUUUGGAUUAUUAAUUGAAUGUUCUUCAGAAUAUAACACUCCUAUUCUACCUGUCAAAAAGCCUGAUGGCAAAACCUAUCGAUUAGUACAAGACCUGAGGGCAAUAAAUAAGAUAGUGGAAGAUUUACACCCGGUAGUGGCAAACCCAUACACCUUAUUGACUAAUUUAAAGGAAACCUAUGAAUGGUUCACAGUAUUAGAUCUGAAAGAUGCAUUCUUUUGCCUCACCUUGGCCCCUGAAAGCCGCAAUUUAUUUGCCUUUGAAUGGGAAAACCCUGAUUCAGGACGAAAAACCCAACUAACCUGGACAGUGCUACCUCAAGGAUUUAAAAACAGCCCCACAAUCUUUGGAAAUCAAUUAGCUAAAGAAUUAGAGGCCUGGGAAAGACCUCGGGGAAAUGGGAAUUUUUUGCAAUAUGUGGAUGAUAUCUUGAUAGCCACAGAAACGAAUGCAGAAUGUAAAGAAUGGACUGUGAGUUUGUUGAAUUUUCUUGGACUAAGUGGUUACCGAGUCUCAUUACAGAAAGCCCAGAUCCUGAAAAAAGAAGUAAUAUACCUGGGAUUUGUGAUUUCCAAGGGACAGAGACAGCUCGGAAAAGACCGAAAAGAAGCUAUUUGCAGGACUCCAGAACCAACCACGGUAAAAGAGCUUCGAACCUUUUUGGGAAUGACAGGUUGGUGCCGAUUAUGGAUUUAUAAUUAUGGACUUAUGGUGAAACCAUUAUACGAACUACUGGAAAACAGCCAGACACAAUUAGUAUGGACUGACGAAGCUAGAAGGGCUUUUAAAAAACUGAAAUUGGAACUAAUGAGGGCUCCAGCUUUGGGCCUGCCUGAUAUAACAAAGCCCUUCUGGCUGUUUUCAUAUGAAAGGCAAGGAGUGGCUUUGGGGAUUCUGGCUCAGAAGCUGGGUCCUUAUAAACGAGCAGUAGCUUACUUUUCGAAACAAUUGGAUGAAGUUAGUAAAGGAUGGCCAGGAUGCCUUCGAGCAGUAGCUGCUGUUGUGUUGAUUAUUCAAGAAGCCCGAAAGUUUACUCUGGGGCAAAAGAUGGUUGUGUAUACUUCUCAUGCUGUGACUUCUGUCUUGGAACAAAAAGGGGGACACUGGCUCUCGCCAUCAAGAUUUUUGAAAUAUCAAGCAGUAUUGAUGGAACAAGAUGAUGUGGAAAUUACUACAUCUACUGUCAUUAACCCUGCUUCUUUUCUAAGCGAUAAGCAGGAGAUGGAAACUGUUGUGCAUGACUGCAUAGAGACCAUUGAGGCCGUGUAUGCAAGCAGGCCUGACUUGAAGGAGGAGCCGCUGGAGGAAGCUGAACACACUUGGUAUACCGAUGGGAGUAGUUUUGUAAAGGAUGGAGCUCGGAUGGCGGGGUAUGCUGUGACCACCACAAACCAAGUGGUGGAAGCAAAGUCACUCCCUAAGGGUACAUCUGCACAACGAGCUGAAAUAAUUGCUUUGGUGAGAGCAUUAGAGCUUGCUGAAGGACUACGAGUGAAUAUCUGGACAGAUUCAAAGUAUGCUUUUGGUGUCGUUCAUGCCCAUGGAGCUAUUUGGAAGGAACGGGGACUUCUGACGGCCCAAGGAAAACAUAUUAAGCAUGCUGACAUGAUCCUAAGACUUUUGGAUGCGGUACAGUUGCCCUCGGCGGUUGCAAUUAUGCAUUGCAAAGGGCACCAAAAGGGUAACACUGCUCAGGAAGUGGGGAAUAAAUUGGCAGAUUAUGAGGCAAAAAGAGCGGCCGAACAAGGUGAGGUAUUAAGUUUGGUUCCUGAAAGAGCUUUGCCACUACCAGACUUGGUCGAUUAUGAUGAAAAGGAUCUUAGAUUAAUUAAAGAUUUGGAAGCAGAAGCUGAAUCAUCAGGUUGGGCGAAAUUAAAAGAUACUAGAAUAAUAGUUCCCUUUAGAAUAUUAUGGAAACUGGUGAAAACAGAACAUGACAAGACCCAUUGGGGAACUGAGGCUUUGUAUAAUUCCCUUAUCCACUAUUCGAGAAUUAAGAAAGCACCCGGUGGAACAUGGAAAUCCCAACCCAUAGGACCCACGUUCUGUAAGACUGAUCCAAAACAAAUAUUAAUGUAUGAUAUGUGGUGUGCAGGAAAAUUGAUAUUCUAUAAUGUAACCGACCCAGAAAUAAUGUGUAAAUUUUUAAUUCUGCCAACACUCUUUUCGAGUCAAGAGAAUGUAGAAUAUUGGUUACUGGGAUUCCGAGGGAAGUAUAUUGGGAAUAGUAAUAAAACAUACGAUUUAGAUCUUUGCGAGACCACCCCUGACGGCCUUUUGUGUGGACAACAAUCCCAAUUAUAUGAACCCUGCUUGUUAGAACAUUCUGUUAAUAGUUGUAAAUAG